AUUAAUUUGAUUCCCUACCAGGCUGCCACUUCAUUUUCUUCUCACCACUCCAUUCUCUUCCCCCCCCCCCCCCCCCCCUCUCUCUCUCUCUCAUCACAUAUUCCAAUCACUUCCCCACUUCCUAGAAUCCAUUUCAAAGCCCCAACUCUUCUCCUGUUGCUGACACAAUACUUGGCCACUUCUUAAAAGUUUAUUUGCCAGCACUGCAUUGCAGGUUUUGUUGCCCUCCUCAUGGGGCGGCAUUCUUGCUGUUACAAGCAGAAGUUAAGAAAAGGCCUGUGGUCUCCUGAGGAAGAUGAGAAACUUCUUAAUUAUAUUACUAAGCAUGGACUUGGUUGUUGGAGCUCUGUCCCUAAACUGGCAGGUUUGCAGAGGUGUGGUAAGAGCUGCAGGUUAAGGUGGAUUAACUACUUGAGGCCUGAUUUGAAGAGAGGAGCAUUUUCUCAGCAGGAAGAGAACUUGAUUAUUGAACUCCAUGCAGUUCUUGGCAAUAGAUGGUCUCAGAUUGCAGCACAGUUACCUGGAAGAACUGAUAAUGAGAUAAAGAAUUUAUGGAAUUCCUGCAUUAAGAAGAAACUGAGGCAGAGAGGCAUUGACCCCAACACUCACAAAUCACUUUCUGAAGCUGAGGAUGGUAAAGGGAAGCAGCAGCUCACAGCUGACAAAAGCAAUGAGAAAGUUUCUAUUGUAUCAAAUGAACUGAACCUCAUUAAGACAGCUACUUUAAAACCACCUGCAGUUUCUUCCAGAAGCUCAAACGUCAUCACCAACAACAACAAUAAGGACAGAAGUGGUAGUAGCAACUUGACAAAUGUUCCACCGACACAGGAAUUCUUCCUCGACAGGUUUGGUACCUCCCAUGAAAGCUCCACCACGGCCAGUUGCAUGCCUUCUGAUUUGAUGGAUUAUUUCCCUUUCCAGAAAUUGGAUUACAAACCUAUUAUAGACCUCUCAAUGAAUCCAAACACCACUCUCUGCUUUAAUCCAAAUUCCUCCUCUUCUGAGAUGAUUUCUCAUGAGUUCAAUUCUAGUAUGACACCUCCGACUAUUCUCCCAUCCGUUUCAACCUCUAUGUUCCAGACUCCAAUAUGUGUAAAACCUUCUGUUAGUCUUCCAUCUGAUCAUAAUCCUUCUGUAGGCUCUUGUGAUGUCAAUGGGAUUCAGAACUGGGAAGCAAGUAGCUUCAGCAACAACGGAAGUGGAAGCAAUGGAAGCAGUAGCAGUAUUGAAUUGCAAAGCAACACCAUUUUCUUUGAGAGCAGCGCCUUCUCGUGGGGUUUAGCUGAUUGUGGGAAAUCCAGCGACGAAGCUCACCUUCGAUCUCUCGCAAACGAGACGGUUGAAGACAUCAAAUGGUCUGAAUACCUUAGCACCCCAUUCUUUCUUGGAAGCACAAUACAAAACCAAACAUCUCAACAUGUGUACAGUGAAGUGAAACCUGAAACACACUUCAUGGCACAAGGGUCAAGUACUAGUUGGCUACAGAAUCAACAUCAACAAGCUUCACAGCCAGCAGACAUCUAUACCAAGGAUCUGCAAAGACUUGCUGUGGCUUUUGGUCAAUCCAUAUAGGUUAUUUUUUAACAUGCGCAGAGUCUAAUUAAUUCAAUUACAAAGGUUUUCAGUUUGAGAUGGAAUAUUGGGGAAUAGAUUAUCUUCUGGCUACAGGUCUGUGCUAUAGAGUUACUUCUUUUGAUUUUUUGUAAAUGUGUCUGAUACAGAAUUCUUCAGCCUUUUGUUUACUUCAUAAAUAUCUGGGAUUGAACCAAGUUCAUGGUGUCAUUGUCUUUGAAAAAACAGCUCUGUAGAAAUUUUCGUGAUAAGGCUUGUUGAAAUUUUCUUCAACUCUCUGUAAUCGUAUCUGUGACUGUAAGCAAUCCAUCCAUAGCUUUUUUUUCUUUA